AUACAACAGCAAACUAAAUUUAAAUUCAAUGAUGGCAACUGUAAACUUAAAACCAGUCAUGUUUCUGAAUAUACAAAUUCAAACAACAGCAGGAAUUACUUAAUUAUGCUCGGUACUAGUAUUUUCACAUGGCUUGGAUUUUCAACAGAAGUUGAGGAAGAAGAUGAAAUGAUCAUGGUCAUUAAAAGAUCAAUUUUAUGUAUACAGAGAGAUGAGCUUGCAAAGGCUGAACAAAUGUUGCAUGUAGCAUUACGUAUGGCACAACAAAAACAAAAUACAUUAGGAGUUACUUAUAUACAUGAUAUAAUGGCUAAUUUAGCACUAGAUCAGGGCCAAUUAGAUAAAGCGGAAAAGUUGUUUGUUAGUGUUAUGCAACAAUUGUUGCAGCAAGGUACUUCACAAGAUGAUUUGAAGAUGCUGCACAUAAGUUUAAAACUGGCUCGCAUUUAUUACUUACGAAAAGAAUUAGAUAAAGCAGAAUUAGGUUUUGAAUGGGCUUUGAAGGGUUUGAGUAAACAUGUAGCAGGACUAAAAGAAGCAAACAAUGAUGUUUUAGGUUUAUGGGGAAUGGCACGAUACUGGUUUGCUCAUUUUCAAAUUGAGAAAGGAAAUUAUCAAGAAGCAAAUGAACAUCUUCUAGCAGCUUACAAUACGUAUGUUACAAUACAUGGGACUGAUACAGAACAAGCUGCUGUACUUCUUAAUGAUCUAGGAGCUGUUAAUUCUCAUACAGGGAACUUAAAAGAUGCUGAGCAUUAUUUGAAAAGUGCCGCUAAACUCAGCAUGAAAUUACCUGAGAUGGAAGAAAUUGGUUCAAUAUAUGCAAAUCUAGGAAUAGUUUUCAUGAAGCAAGGAUUAUUAGAAGAAGCGAAAUCUGCAUGUGGAAAAGCUUGGAAACUUGGAAAUGGAAAUAAGAAUCAUGAAAUUGAAAGUCAAGCAACAUAUUGUUUAAAUGAAUUAAAAAAAGUAUUAAAGUGA